GCUGUGCGGCGGGUCAGCUGGCGCCGGGCCAAUGGCAGCCCGGGCGAGCGGCGCUUGUGGCCGCGUCCGUGGGGGCCGGGACUUCCUGCCUGCGGGUCCCGCCAGUCAUUUCCCUGAGUCCAGGCUGUGCUCUGAUGGGCCGGGGACGGCUUUUCGGGAUUGCACCGGGAAGAACUGUGAGGCUGGGACCCACCCCCGCACUUUUGUACCACCCGUGAUCUCCGGGAACUGGGGUGUCCGCCGGGACCGCGCACUGUCCGUGACCCCGGAGGCUGCCCCCUGGGCCUUGUGCAUUUACACCGGGGACGCUGAGGCUGGGAGUGAGCCACUUAGCCCGGGGUCACACCUCGCCCUGGACUCGGCGAGGUGGGCGAUAGGCUGAGCCCGCCAGACCCUCUGGUCCCACAGGCUCCAAUGGCCGGGGCGCGGCUGAUGGAUCCCGUGCAGCAGGGCUGUGUGACCUUUGAGGACGUGACCGUUUACUUCUCCCAGGAGGAGUGGGCGCUCCUUGAUGAGGCACAGAGGCUCCUGUACUGCGACGUGAUGCUCGAGAACUUUGCACUUAUAGCCUCACUGGGACUUAUGUCUUUCAGGUCCCAUGUAGUUGCCCAGCUGGAGAUGGGAGAAGAGCCCUGGGUACCUGACAGAGUGGAUAUUUCUUCAGCCAUGGCGAGAGGGGCUUACAGCAGGCCUGCCUCUGAUUUUUGCUGUGGAACAGAGGGUGAGGAGCUACCUUCUGAGCAUAGUGUUUCUAUGGAAGGAGUGUCACAGGACAAGAAUUCCAAGGCAGCUCCAUGCACCCAGAAGACCUACCCCUGUGACAUAUGUGGCCUACAACUGAAAGACAUUUUGCACCUGACUCAACACCAGGCAGCACACCCCAGGCAAAAACCAUAUGUGUGUCAUACAAAUGGGAAAGAAUCUGAAUUUAGCACAAACCUUUCCCAGCAACAGGUGCUACAAAAAGUAGGCAAGCCUGUCAGAAGAGAGGAGAAUAGGACCUCACCUGCAAAGGCCCAAAGAGGCUAUACGUCAGAGAAGCCUCCCAUUCACAGGGAGGGUGGGAAAGACUCCGUGGCCACGUCAGUCUUCCUGCACCAUCUAGUUGCUGCCAGUGUGGAAGAGCCACAUAGCAGCACUGAAGCCAUGAUGGAUUUUCACACUGCACAAAGGCAUAGCAAGGGCAAUGAAUUUGGGGCCACUUUCCAUGAUAAAUCUAUGUCUGUUAAACACCAGAAAAUCCACACUGGAGAAAGACCCUAUGAGUGCAGCAAAUGUGGGGUAUUCUUUAGCUAUGUGUCUAGACUUAUUCAGCACCAGAGAGUUCACAAUCUAGGAAAACCUUAUGAGUGCUGCGAAUGUGGGAAGUUCUUUAGCCUACAAUCUAGUCUCAUUAAACAUCAGAGGAUUCAUACUGGUGAAAGUCCUCAUGUGUGCUGCGACUGUGGGAAAGUCUUCAGCCGGAGCUCCAACCUCAUUCAACACAAGAGGGUUCACACGGGUGAAAAGCCAUAUGAGUGCAGUGAAUGUGGGAAAUUCUUUAGCCAGCGCUCCAACCUCAUUCAUCACAAAAGGGUUCAUACUGGAAGAAGUGCUCAUGAGUGCAGUGAAUGUGGGAAAUCCUUCAACUGCAACUCUAACCUAAUUAAACAUUGGCGAGUUCACACUGGAGAGAGACCUUAUAAGUGUAAUGAAUGUGGGAAAUUCUUUAGCCACAUCGCCAAUCUCAUUCAACAUCAGAUAGUUCACACAGGUGAACGGCCUUAUGGGUGCAGUGAAUGUGGGAAAGCCUUUAGCCGAAGCUCUGACCUCAUGAAACAUCAGCGAGUUCACACUGGUGAACGACCUUAUGAGUGUAGUGAAUGUGGAAAAUUGUUUAGCCAAAGUUCCAGCCUGAAUAGUCACCGGAGACUUCAUACUGGUGAACGACCUUAUCAGUGCAGUGAAUGUGGGAAAUACUUUAACCAAAGCUCCAGCCUCAGUAACCAUCGGCGACUUCACACUGGUGAGCGGCCUUAUGAGUGCAGUGAAUGUGGGAAAACCUUCAGACAGCGGUCUAAUCUGAGGCAGCACCAGAAAGUGCACAAACCAGAUCGGCCUUAUAAGUGCAGUGAAUGUGGGAAAGCCUUCAACCAAAGGCCUACCCUCAUUCGGCAUCAGAAAAUUCACACUCGAGAAAGAAGGAUAGAGAAUGACCUCCCUUCUUGUUCAACACUACAGCACACACCACAGAUAAGUUCUGAGAGUAGUCUUUAUGAGGGAGUUGUCUGCCAGAAGUCAGACAGUCUUCAUCCCAGUAUCCACACUGGAGAGAUUCCCAGUGAAUGCUAGAUACAUUGGCAGCUCUUGGAGCAAAGAACAUUUUCUGACCAUUGAUCUUGUCAGUUUUGUCAGUGCUAGAACUUCCAAUAGAUGCCAUCUCAGCUCUACCCACUAGCAGGUCUCCAGAUCGUGUGUUAUGCUCUCUGCUGUGCUCAGGGAAGGCACACCUCUGUCCUCUUUCUACUCCCUGAAAGGAAUUGCAGUAGUCUGAGUCCAGAGUUAAUGUUAUUCCCUCUCCCUACAGCUAAUUUGGUGUGGGCAUGACCCAUUAUUGGCUGAGAAGUCCUGAGCAAAGUUCUGCUGGUAGCUUGCAAAGGUUUCCCUUUGUCAGGGACUUUGUCGGUUGCAUCAUAUUACACUCACAAUGGAUCCAGCCUUUGUAUUACCUGACCCAACUACCUACUGUACACUGCACUGGUUCAUAUGAUAAGAGCCUUAUUGAUAAACCUCCCUAAUUAUAUGUUCCAAUCACCGUGCAUGGGUGAGUUGAGAACAGAAUUAAUUUACCAAACUGAAGAUCUCUAAAUAUACUGUCUCAGAGGAAACAACUCUUAGUCCAGAUUCGGCUUCAUUUACAUUGCUAUCAAAGGCCUCCUAGGAGAAGAACAUUGUGAGGCUAAUGUCUAAAUGGCAUGGAUUUUUGUGUCAUGAGGAGGAGAAGUUGUGAUAACUUCCAAUGGAUCUGGGAACAGCAUGAAUUGGAUCCUUCAUUCCCAGAGCGCGCUCCAUAUCCCCUAGCACUGUUAAACAGAUGCUGUUUAGCUAGUGCCCACCAAAGAGCCAUAUACCCUGAAAUUCAGCAUCUGCUAUACAACUGUCUCUAACUAAGACCUACUGGACACUGAGGGGACCAUAAUUUGUAGAGAAACACAGUAUGAGACAUAGGGAGUAGUUGAGAUUAUAACAGAACAACAGGGUUCAGGGUUUGCAGAAUUUUUCAGGACCUCCAGAUCUCUGUCUUAUGACUAAGGUUAUUGGAAGUACAAAUAAUCUAGAUAUUUUGUGGAUUACUGUAGGCUCUGCUCUGUGCAUCUCAAAGCCAUUGUUGUACUGGCAGUAAAAUCGGAUUAAGAGAAUAGACCCUGUACUCUAGGGAUACAGCAUUUAUGACAAAGCCAGCUACUUUUUACUACCAAGGCAUGAAGAGAAAGUUGGUGGAGUCAAUAUAUUCUAGUUUUCUAAAAUGAGCGGAAGGUCAGAUUUUUAUGUGUAAUAAUUUCUUUUAAUUAUUUGUUAAGAUAUAAUUGUCAUGCAAUAAUUGUAUAUACUUGAUGCACAUGAUUUGAUAAAUUUUGAAAUAUGUAAUCACUCAGGGAACCAACACUGUAACCAUGAUAAUGAACAUCUUUUUCACCUUCAAAACUAUCUCAUGUCCCUUUUUAAUCCCUCUUUGUCUUCCCCAGGAGACCAUUGAUUUACUCUUUUUUUCCGCUCUAUAUUUGUUUGUCUUUUCUAAAAUCAUAUGCAUUUGGGAUCUUAGAGCAUUUAUACUUUACUUGUUUUGGUUUCUUCCAUACGGCAUAGUUAUUUUGAGAAUCACCCAUGCUUUAUGUGUAUAUCAUUUAUUUCUUUUGCUACU